AUGAUCCAUUCAAGUCAUCAAAACAAGGUGCCCGACUGGGAUGCAUUCAUCGCAGAAGAGUCUAGAGUAAGGAUCGUACACUUCAUGUGCGUCAUGGAUUACAUGAAUACCUUCUUCUUCAAUCUGCUUCCGAAUCUGGCUAUAGGAGAAAUUUACCAACGACUUCCGUGCAAUGACGCGCUUUACGAUGCUUGGACACAAAAAGAGUACGAGCGGUUAUGCGUAGAAUCAUUGCGCCCAACGAAGCAGAUACCUAGUAUCAAGCAGCUGGUAGCUUUGCUGAUGAGCGAGAACUGGUCGGACGAGCAGAAGAAUCCGCUUCUCAGCAUACUCGAGCUCAGGCACCUUAUGAUCUGCGUAUUCGCACUGCAUUCCAUCAUCUUCGUAUCGCGAGCUGCGCUUCUGACGCCGUCGUCAUAUCGCGACUUACUUCGCGCAACGAAGCGCUGGAAAGAGCUUUGGGACACUUUGCAUACAAAACAUGAGGCAGAGCGUGAGAAGUCGUUGGGCUUCGUCAAACAUGGUCUGGAGAUGUGGUGGGUUACAUGUAAAGUUCUUGAGUUGGCACAUGCUGGUGACUCGCAGAGUCGCUACAUGGAAGUUAGCCCUACGGACUCGCUGAUAGAGCUGCAUAGUUUUCUCAAACAGUAUGGGAACUGUGUGGACGGGUAA